UUGGUCUAAGUCAUUCAUAGUUGUAUAUCCUCUGUCUUCUCUUUUUUAACCAAUCUUCCUUUCAACACCCCACUUGUGUAAAAUGUCUGUUGGAACUUUCACAGCACCAGUUGCUGGGGCUGGCUUUGUUGGCUUGAAGUCCAACAUGUCAACUCUUUGGCCUACUACAGAAUCCAUUUGUUGGAAAAGGAAGACUGUUUCCAAUGGUUCUAAAACUCACUGCAUGAAGACAUGGAAUCCCAUCAAUAAUAAGAAGUUCGAAACACUGUCCUACUUACCACCCCUUUCAGAUGACUCCAUAGCAAAGGAGAUUGACUACAUGCUCAAGAAGGGAUGGAUCCCUUGCCUUGAAUUUGAUGAGUUGGGGUGUAUACGUAGAGAAAACAGCCAGAUGCCAGGGUACUAUGAUGGGAGGUAUUGGACAUUGUGGAAGCUACCAAUGUUUGGUGUCACCGAUCCUUCACAAGUGCUGAAGGAGAUAAAUGAAUGCAAACAGGCAUAUCCAAAUGCAUAUAUACGCUGCUUAGCAUUUGACAACCAGCGCCACAUGCAGUCCAUGGCUUUUAUCAUUCAGAAACCUGCUAGCACCACUAGCACUUGAGCCUUUUUGCUCUUAUUUCUCUUC